GGCUCAAAAAGUUGACGUUUCGGGUUAGUUUUAUUUCCUCCCAGAGAAUUUUCCUGAGUUUUCUUGUGAUCUGCAUUCUCCACCAUGAACUUGUCCAUGCAGAGGGACACUGUAGUCUUCCAUUGUGUCCUCCAGAAUGGAUGCCCCAAGGAAGAAGCCCACAGUUUGCUCUCCUGCGCUGAGCAAAUCCAGGAGCACAUGAACAUAGCGAGUGAGAUUAAAUGGGUGGAUGAACCCUAUUGCUUGACACUUGAUGCUGGGAAACUUCAGAAGACUGAUAUUUUUAUAUUUGACGAAUUUUCCGGGAAGGCAUUUGAUCAUCUGUGCCAGAAAUCCAGAGCUCUGAUUGUGGGACCUUCCUGCUUGGAGGAUUGCCUCACACUGGACCUCAGCGUCCCUCUGGGUACUUCUCCAAUCCAAAAUGUAGCCAUGCACGGUAUGGUUGUUUGCCCAUCGGGAAUUUCCAAAGCAGAAAAGGCUGAGAUUGAGAAGCUCGUCCUCUGGAUGGGUGGCUACUUCACAAAUCAGCUCGACGUGAGCUGUACCCACCUGGUGACGUCCACAGUACGUUCAAAGAAGUACGAAGAGGCUGCCACGCGGGAAUUACAAAUUCUCCAUCCGGACUGGGUUAAGGAUGUCUGGGAGACGAAUCAGCGGCAAAAAGUCACAGCCAGUGAUGCUGUCUUUGAGAAGCAUCGCCUACCGAUCUUCUACAAAUUAGUCAUCACAUCAACGCAGCUUCCUAUCGCGGAACGUGAAGCCAUUAAGAAGCUUGUGGAGCAGAAUGGUGGAAGGUAUUCGCCAGAGUACAAAACGAACGUUGUCAACAUUCUCAUCCUCAAGAAGACAGCCACAUCCUCGGAGAAGUACAAAUUGUCGCUUAAGUACAAAAUUGACUGCCUCACACCGGAGUGGAUUUACGACAGUGUCCGGAAGAAGUAUGCUGUCCCCAUUGAGACUUAUCGUGUCUCCUCCGUAAAGCAUUCAACUCCCACGAAGGAUGCAAACGAUCUCAGUCGCUUCUCAAUGAUGUCUGAUAUUUCACGCAUCUCCUCAGCAACUUCAGCAACCCCCAAGGCUAUUGAGAUCGAUGAAACAGUGCCAGAUCAAAGUCAGAGCUCGGCAAAAGCAGCAACAACAACAACGCCCUGCCGGGAGAGCCUUAAAGGUAAAUUGGGGCAUUUGCAGAAGAAUUCAAAGGGAAGUGGAGCCUUCCUCGAUGGGAUCAGCAUCUUCCUCAUGGGCUUCACACGGACUGAAUCAAUGGCACUCAAUAAAAUCAUCAGCAAUGCCGGAGCGACGCUUUAUACGCAACUCUCGGACAAUGUGAGCCAUGUCAUUUGUGGGGAACCGUCCGGGAGUGAUCUAAAGAGUCUCCACAAGGCUAAAGUUCACUGCAAAAUUGUCACCUUUGACUGGCUACUUGAGUGCCAGAAGGAGAAGCACGCAGUUGAUGAGGAGCCCUAUUUGCAGCUUCUACGUAAGGAAAUCCUGGAUGCUGAGCCCCCGUCGCCGGCAAGCAAAAGGAGCAUUGAAGCGAUGAAUUCGAGCUUUAAGAAACCCGAAAUUCCCCGAAGAAAGCUCAAUCUGGAUCCAGGACCAUCCACAUCUGUUGUCCAGAAAUAUCUCCCACCCGUUGAUGCAUCUUCCGCCUCAGCAGGAAUGUCCAAAACAACCAAUAAUCCCGAUAUUUCCAACACAGAUCCGGAGGAGGAAGAAAUCUUGACUUUCCUGAAGGAUAAGAAUUUCUACUUGUACGGGUAUGAGGAGGAACUAUCGCAGGCUGUGAUGGAUGUGGAAAUGGCCGGUGGAAUGGUGGUUAAUGAGAAUUUCAAGGGAACCGUGGAUUAUGUGUUUGUUCCCGUGGCCGGCCUGGAGUGUAUCAACCCUCCAGUUAAGGGGAAACAGAUUGUGAAUGAUUUAUGGCUGGAGGAGUGUGUGGGGAGUCGAGACAUCCUCCCAGUUCAGUACUAUCAUCAACCAAUUGUCUAUCAGGGUAUCAAGGAUCUCCUCUAUGGCAUUAAUAUCUCCUUCACAAACAUCACGGGAUGCCUGAAACUCUAUCUCUCUGCCCUUGCCGGUGCUCUGGGGGCAACGAUUCUCGAUCAAUACCCCAAGAAGGAGACUCCACUGCUUAUCUGUUCAAAACCCGAAGGAUCCAAGUAUUCAGCUGCUCUCAGGUGGAAUUAUCCCGUUGUCACGGAAAAAUGGCUCUUGGAGACAUACAGAGAACGGAAGAUAAAGAAGAUUGGAGAUUAUCUCCUAGCCAGGGUAACAAUUCCCGAACAUAUUGAAGUGUUCAGGAAGUUAAAUCAAGAGGAAGAGGAGCCAAAGCAAUCGCAGAAUAUUGUUCCGGAAGAAAUUUACUUGGGAGACGUAACAACGGAAGGAAAUCCACCGAAUGACUGCAUCAAUGGGCCACAAGAGAGCUUCCAUGAAGCAUCAGGAAGGGCCAAAAGAACUUCUCUGGCGGAUCAAGGAGAUGUUUCCCAAAGUAGAAGACCGCAGAAGAGGAAUUCCAAUGAAAUGGACGAAGAAGAUGAUGAAGAUGAUGUGGAUACUCCGGAAGUGGUGAGAGUCGCCUCAAAGAGUACCCCAUUGAUGCCCUUGAAGACACCCAUUAGGCACAAAAGACUCGCCCUCUUGUCCAUUGAUACACCAACAAAUAGAGAAGCAGAAGACACCCCGACGAUGAAAAGUGUCAAGGAAAUGGGGGAUUUUGAGACACCUGUGAGGAAUACAAUACGGGAUGUGAUGAAGAAAAAUUACCCGAUUGAAAUGAAUCCCGAUGGUACGGUGAAGACGCCCGAGACGCCCUACUGGACAAAGAUGCCGAGCACCCCGUUGGCGUGGAAUCCCAAUGCGAGCCCUCGAACCCAAUGGGCUGUCAAAAGGAAAGUUGAGGCGGCUGAAGCAAUGAGAUUCCCCAAAAUACCACCGAGAGAGAAAUCACCAACAGCGCGAGAGCUUCGAAGGCAAUUCUACAGGACCCUUCUAGGAGAGGAUCGUUUCAAUGAAGCAGAACGUCUCAACAAGGCAAGUCAAUCGCAGCGUCUCCCACCGGCGGAAGCUGCUGCAACGAGUAGUAGCGGCAGUAGUGUCCCAACACAAGUAUCGGAUUCCGUGAAGAAGCUUCAGAAUUUCUUAGAUAAGAAAACAUCAGACGUCCAACCGAAGCAAUUGGUUUUUACGGAAACGGCUGAAACAUACCCAGAGCAACAGAGUUCUGUUGGUGUGUCUGAAGCUCUUGUGGAUUGGGUGGAUCCAUCGGAAUAUCAUCCCUAUUUGCACGAUGAGGUAGAGGGUGGUGCUAAGAAGCCAACAGCUGCUGCUGCUGUGAAGAAGAUUUACAAAUUUCACUUGGCCGGGAUUUCGGAGAAUAAGCAAAAGGUGAUGGGAAUGAUUGCAGAUCUCGGUGGUGUGGCACUUACGAGUGAUACGUACGACCCAUCGUGCACGCAUCUCGUGUUUGAGCGUCUCAAUCAGGGUGAGAAGGUGAUGGGAGCCGUGGCAUCGGGCAAGUGGAUUCUCAACAUAAAAUACAUUCACGAUAGCUUCCGGUCGAAGCGUUUCCUGCCCGAGGAGGAGUACGAAGCAGGCAAUGGGACUCUUCCAUUCCUUUCGCAAUUAACCGAUGGGGAACGACGUGUUGCAAGGGCUGGCUUCCGCUGGAGACGGAAGAUCAAUGGACACAUUCCGGGGGAAGUGACUGAUGGUGCCUACAAGGGAAUUACGUGUGUGUUGAUGUUCUCAAAUCAGGCUGAUGCCAUUGCGCGGAUGAUCGAGGCCGGGAAGGGGCGUGUGCUGCGCCUCAAGGCGCCAUUGAGUGAGAAGAGGGAGAUUAAGGAUGUGACGCACGUCUUCCUGUCGCGGAAUAAUCAAUUAUCCGACAGUGAUCGGGAGUUUUUGCUGCGGCGUAAAAUUCAUAUCCUUGCGCAAAAAUACAUAACGGCCCAUCUUUUUGAGGAGACCACCCCCGAUCCCGGGAAAUUCAGCAUUUAGUAGAAUAAUAAUUCAAGGAAAAAUUAAUAAAAAUUAACAAUUUUUCUAUUUAA